AUGAGGGGUUUGAGGAAUGACAUCGAAGAAUCUGUGAGGCCAUUGGGAAUCAGAGUCUUCCAACAACUGGAGGAGAAAGCUCGUGAAGUAGAGUCGAUGAAGAAUCGUCAGAGGGGCAAGUAUGACAGCGGAGGUCCGAUCCGUUCUGGGCAGAGGCCGACCGGAAGGUUUGAGGGACAGAGGCAAGCUGGUAGGUUUGACAGGGGCAAGGCUCCGAUGAGGAAGCCUUACCAACGCCCUACUGAUAGGGUACCAUUUGCUGGAAGGAAUGUGGCACGUGCUCCUAGGGAUGAUGUCGUCUGUUACAAGUGCAACCAGAAGGGACACUAUUCGAAUGAAUGUGGGAAGGAGGUUGUGUGCUGGAAGUGCCAGAAACCAGGACAUGUUGAGAGAAACUGUCCUGAUGCUACUAAGGCCGAGCCAGUACUGAAUGCUGCCAGGGGAAAGCGACCUUCUGCUCCAGGUCGUGUGUUUGCAAUGUCUGGGGAACAAGCUGCUGUGACUGAUGAUCUUAUCCAGGGUACGUGUGUUAUCGUUGGAACUUCUUUAAUGGUGUUAUUUGAUUCUGGUGCUACACACUCAUUCAUUGCCGAGGAGUGUGUGAAAAAGUUAGGAUUGCUAACUGCUAAUUUACCAUUCGAUUUGGUGGUGUCGACCCCUGCCGCCGAUCGAUUAGUUACGCGCACGACAUGCUUGCAAUGUCCGAUGAUUUAUGAGGAUCGGAAGUUCUUUGCGAACCUCGUUUGUUUAGGGCUUAAAGAGCUCGAUGUGAUUCUGGGGAUGGACUGGUUGACACAGUAUCACGUUCUGUUGGAUUGUGCUAAUAAGGCCGUAGUCUUUCCGGAUUCUGGCGUUACGGAUUACUUGAAUUCGUACUAUUUGGGAAGGGGUUCACCAGCAUUCGUGAACUCUAUCGUAGCUGAGGCGAAGAACGAUGGCGACGUACGCAACAUUUUGGUGGUGCAAGAUUUUGUGGAUGUGUUUCCAGAGGAUGUGCCUGGAUUACCGCCAGUGAGAGAAACAGAGUUCUCUAUUGAUAUUAUGCCCGAUACAGGACCAAUAUCAAUGGCGCCUUAUCGGAUGGCACCAGCAGAGUUGGCGGAGUUAGCAAAAUAG